GCGUGAUGACGCCAUCGCGUGGCGCCCCAAAGAAGUCCUGUUGCUCCAUGGCCAUCCCGGCCAAGAAGUCGACGUGACCGUGGGGCAACAUUUAGCCCACUGACACGAUAGUUAUAGGGGGCUUUAAAUGCACCCCCCGGAAAUGUACGCCUAACUGUCGGUGCGGCAUUAUUCACGCCUACGGAGCUGAUUAAUAUAAAUCCACCAAAAAGUUGUGACCAUACCCGAGGACGCGCCGAAAUUCCGGGGUUGUUCCCCAUCUCCAUUCAGAGAAGAUGGAAGGUCUGCACCCGCACUGCCUUAAAUGCAUCAACCGGCGGUGCAUGGUGCGGCCGGAGGCGGGCCUAUCAUGUGACCUAAUCGGCUGCCCGCUAGUCUGUGGCGCCGUCUUCCACGCAUGCAAGCUGCCCGAGCAUCGUCUGCUGUGUCCGUACGAACGACUGCCGUGCCUUAACAGCGUUUUUGGCUGCCCUUUUGCCGUGGCCCGAGCGAAGAUGGCGCAGCACCUUGAGAUCUGCCCUGCCAGCAUCGUGUGCUGCACCAUGGAGUGGAACCGCUGGCCUGUCAGCUAUGCGGACAGCAAGUCUUAUGAGAUCCUGAGCCAGGACUUUGACGAGGUGGAGCAGCUGGACAUGGCGCUGGCUCUGCAGGAUCAGCGCAUGCUCUUGGAAUCCCUCAAAGUCACCACCACCGUGUCCAAAGACGGCAAGGCGGACAACGACAAAAUGGCCACGGCACCGGAUGGCGAAGCCGCCAACGGGGCGGUGGAGAUGGAGGAGGAGCCGUACAGCGACUUGUACCGAGCCUCGGUGGAGACAAGCCGGAGCUUGGUGGCGGCCUUGGACAUCCUCACGCAAUCAAAGGGUGUCGUCGGUCUGAACGGGGAAAGCAGCGGCGCGGGGAGGAAUGUGGACAUGGGCGAAAGCGACUCGGACUCCGAGUGCGAGCUGGGGGCGGUGGGCGGCGCGAACAACAAUGACGGCGCUCUCGCUUGGCCGGAGGAGGAUGAAGAUUUUGUGGAUUUGUUUUUUGAGGACAAGGAAGACGCCAUCGAAGACCCGGCGGAGGAGGAGUCCCCGGAGCCCGUGUGGCCCCAGGCGCCUCGGGACUUUGUGCCGGCCAUCUUGCCGGACCCCCAGGCGGAACCACUGGCCGCGCCCAUCCCCUUCCUCUUGUCAGACCAAGUAAGGAACAACCUUUUGCACCAGCUGCCCACCGAGCUCAGGUACCGCUGCCUGGAGCGCAAAUUCCAGAACUCGGAAGUUCUGCGCGGCAUCGGCAUGUUUACUUUCAACGGCCGCCGCGCGCUGCUCUCGGACCCGUACCUCUUCCGCGCCAAGAUGGAAGACAAGGCGGUGGACACGUCGGACCUGGAGGUGGCCGACGACCCGAUGGGCCUGCACGGGAUCGAUCUGACCACGGCCGCCUUACUCUUCUGUCUGGGCGACUCGCCGGGUGGGCGCGGCAUCUCCAACAGCCGCUUCGUGGACGGCUACCACAUCGACUUCGGCACGCAGACCUUCUCCUUCCCCUCCGCCAUCCUGGCCACCAACACCAUGGUGGGCGACAUUGCGUCGGCGUCGGCGUGCGACCACGCCAGCCCGCAGCUGUCCAACCCCAGCCCAUUCCAUACGCUGCGCCUGGACCUGGUGCUGGAGUGCGUGGCGCGCUUCCACACCAAGCAACGCUCCAUGUUCACCUUCGUGUGCGGCCAGCUGUUCCGCCGCGAAGAGUUCUCCUCGCACUUCAAGAACGUGCACGGCGACAUCCACGCCGGGCUCAACGGCUGGAUGGAACAACGCUGCCCCCUGGCGUACUACGGUUGCAACUACUCACAGAGGCGCUUCUGUCCCUCGGCGCAGGGGUUCCGCAUCAUCCAUGACCGGCACCUGGGCUCCUUCGGCGUGCAGGCGGGCCUCCCCGCCAAAAGCGCAGACAAGCUGCAGAGGGGCGCCCCCCCGCACCCGGGCUCCAAGUGCGACCAGCUUAGCGGUCUUCCCUUCGAGGUGCUGCAGCACGUAGCAAGCUUCCUGGACAGUUUCAGCUUGUGCCAGCUGUCGCGGACGUCACGCACCAUGAGGGACGUGUGCGCCAGCCUCCUGCAGAUGCGCGGCAUGGUCGUCCUGCUGUGGGAGAAGACGCGGCGGGAGGACGGCUCGCAGUCUUGGCAGAUCACGGACAAGGCGUGGCGCUUCAGCACGGCUUUUGGCACGGUGAACGAGUGGAAGUUCGCCAACAUCACCAGCAUGGCGGACCACCUGAAGAACUGCAAGUUCAACACGGUGGCGCGACGCGAGGAGGCCAUCCCGCUGCCUUGCAUGUGCUUCACCCGCGAGUUGACCAAGGAGGGCCGCUGUUUACGCUCCGUGCUCAAGCCCGUGGCCUAAACUAAGUUCUCUUCUGCAGUUGGAAAGCCGUUUGAGUCAUUAUUCAAUAUCCUUUAUUUCCCAUCUUAACUCAUUCACUGCCAUUGCCGUCUAUACAUCGACGGUAGUUAGAAUCUGAGCGUUCACUGCCAUUGACGUCGACGGAUGUCAGCAGUGUAGCGCUUUGUAUUUUUGAUGAGUCCAGUUCUUGAGGGAUUUUUUUGGGGGAGAUAACGGGCUCAGUUUGCAAGUCGGACAAGUUUAAGUCUUUUACACACAUACAGAGCACAUAUACGACGAGUGUCAGCAGAGUACGUGCCGCAAAAGUGUGUGAUUCGUGAUCGCGACAAAAUACGAUAGAGGUUUUAGAGUGAAUAAUGAGGAUGACUUAAAAAAAAAAUACUAUGAACAAUACGAGCCCAUGGCUGCCGGUACAUGUCUAUUGGUAAAUAAAAUUUUAUUUUUUUAUCACAAAAGCCAUUGGAAAAUGUUGUUCUAGUUGUUUUAUUGAAGGAAACCACUGUUCAGGUAUUAGAGGUGCCACUAAAGCGAAAAGAAUAUUGCAGUCAAAGUCACUUUUCGCCCUGAUAUGUUUCUUUACACCAAAAAAAUAAAAAUAAAUCACAUUUUCUCCGCUUUUGGGGACAAACUGCUGUUUAGGGCAAAGUCAACCUGUUCUACUGCUGAUUACUAAAGAACAGAAAAAGA